CUUUUUUUUUUUUUAUCCGAAGUUCCGAAAACCCAAAUCGAAAUUCUCAGAAACCAUUUCUCCCCAGCUCAAGAAACCUCCAAUGUCUGAACCCAAAUCAGAGCCAUCAUCAAUCUCGGUUUCAGAGAAGGGAGUGAAAGCCCCCAAUGUGUUUGUGAGAGUGAAGGAAGAGUUCGAGGCAGUGGUACAUAGUCAACACAAAACUCACGGUGAGAGUCACGGGAAGCGCACCGAUUUGGAUGAGAAGACGCCAAUGAGUGAGGUGAAAGCCCCCAAUGUGUUUGGGAGGGCUAAGGAGGAGAUUGAGGCUCUUGUGCAGACAAUUCAUACUAAGAAGGAAUCCGGUGGAUCGGAUUCAUGUGAAGAACUAAGGGAUUCAAGUCCUAACUCAGAGAAGGAUGCUAAGGGGCCGAGCUGGAUAGAGAAGUCUAAAAAAGAGAUGGAAGAUCUUGUGAACAAGAUAAAGUCACCGCGCUCUCACCAUCACCAUAAAGAAACUCACGGAAUGAGUGAUGACAUUGAUGAAAACACCCCAGUGAGUCACGUCAAAGGCCCGAAUGUAUUUUCACGAGCCAAGGAAGAAAUCGAGGCCAUUGUUGAAGCUAUUCACCCAAAGAAAGAAGAAAGGUAGGACUUGAAGCAACCAUUGGAAGACGAGGAUUGGAAACCAUAUAUCUGCUCCCCUUCUCGACGGAAAGGUUUAUAGAAGAUUUGCUCUCUUGGUAAUCAUAACAAAGAUUGAUAUAUAUCUCAAUGGAGAAACCAGAUUCUUAUCUUGUGAAAAACCAUCAAAAAACCCAUCCCCCAUUUGUUGAAAAACUAUGGUUCAAGUUUUUAGACUGCAAAAAUCACUUAAAA